AAACAGGGUGCCGGGUGGACUAGUUGGUGCACACUUCCUUUCUGGGUUAAAACUUAAAACUUCAAACCUCUGUCUUAAUUCUUAAGGCAUCAUCUCAUCCCUCUCUUAAUUUCCCACUAAUUUCCCUCAUUUCUAGGGUUUUCAAAUUUUCGAUAAUCCUCAAAUUAAAAUCAAAAUCAAAAUCAAAAGAUGCGAUUAGUCCACGAUUAAGAAGUAUAAUCUGCUCAGUUCUUGAUUUCUUGUAUCAUGGCCGGUGAGGAAGAAUCCGACGUCGUAUUGAGUGAUGUAGAGGAGGAGGAACUUCCGCCGGAGGAAAUUAAACUCGCCGGAAAAUCGUCGGAAUCCGGAAUUUCCGUGGAGAAAUUCAAUGAAUUACUCGGCGAAUUCGAUCGCGAGAAGAAAGCAAGAAUUGCGGCAGAAAACUCGAAAUCGGAACUCGAAGUUCGAUUUAAUCGGCUGAAAGCACUCGCUCAUGAGGCGAUUAAGAAGCGAGACGAGGCGAAUAAAGAGAGAGAAGAGACAGUUAGAGCAAAUGAGAAGCUGAGUAAUGAGUUGAUGGAAGUGAGCAAGGCUAAAGACGAGGUUUCGAAGCGAUUCGACGAAGCAAUGAAAGCGAAAGAGUCGUCGAAGGCGGAAAUUGAGGGUGCUGCUCAAAUGUUGGUGACAGGGAUUGAGAAAAUUACUGGAAAAGUUAAUCAUAUUAAGAAUUUUUCAGGUGGAGGCCUGCCAAGGUCUCAGAAGUAUACUGGAUUGCCUGCUGUUGCUUAUGGGGUGAUAAAGAGGACGAAUGAGAUCGUCGAGGAGGUGGUUAAGCAGAUUGAUUCGAUUGCCAAGUCGAGAGAUGAGGCUCGGGAGAUGAUGGAGCAGAGGAAUUAUGAAAUUGCUAUCGAGGUUUCGGAGAUGGAGGCAAUGAUAAGUCGGUUGAGGGACGAGGUGGGGGAGAAGAGUAGUCGAAUUGAGGGUUUGGAGAAGGGCCUUGCUGAGAAAGAAGGGAGGUUGGAAGAGAUUGAGAGUGGGAUGUCGGAGAGGAUUGGUUCGGUUGAAAACGAGAGGGAUGAGUUGAGGAACUUAGUGGAUGAGUAUGAGGGUAGGAUAAGGGAUUUGGAGUUGGAUAUUGAGAAGCAAAGGCCUUUGUUACUUGAGCAGUUGGGGUUUGUGUCGAAAAUUCACGAUCAAUUGUAUAAUGUGAUCAAGAUUGUGGAUGCUAAUAAUGGGGAUCAGUCAGAGUUGUCGGAGUCCUUAUUUGUUCCUCAGGAGACAGGAUUGGAAGAGAAUAUCCGGGCGUCAUUGGCUGGUUUGGAAUCGAUUUACGAACUAUGCAGAAUUGUUAUUGCAAAGACGAGAGACAUUGUGGAAGAAAAGAGUCGUGAGGUGAAGAGCUUAAAUGAAACGGUUGCUCGAUUGUUUAGGGAGAAGGAGCACGUAGGAGUGUUGCUAAGAAGUGCUCUGUCCAAGAGAUUGAGCUCUUCUUCAACAUCUAAAACAAAUGAUGUGUUUCAAGUUGCAGAAAAUGGUUUGAGAGAAGCCGGAAUUGAGUUUAAGUUUGGUCAUGUUAUUGAGGAUGCUAGUAAAGAAGGUGCUCAGGAGACCAAAGAUGAUGAAAUAUAUGCCCUGGCUGGUGCUUUAGAGAGUAUCAUCAAGGAGGCACAGCUUCAGAUUAUUGAGCUUCAACAUUCAGUGGAUGAGCUAAGGGCAGAGUCACAUUUACUUAAAGAACAUGUGGAGACUCAAUCCAAUGAGAUCAGCCAAAGAAAGCAUCGUAUAGAGGAACUUGAAGAGAAGGAACGACAAUCAAAUGAAAAUAUUGAAGGGCUUAUGAUAGAUAUUGCUGGUGCUGAAGAGGAAAUUACAAGAUGGAAGGUGGCAGCAGAACAAGAGGCUGCUGCUGGAAGAGCUGUUGAGCAGGAAUUCCUUGCGCAGAUAUCUUCCAUGAAGCAAGAAGUUGAGGAGACAAAGCAAACAAUGAUAGACUUGGAGAAAAAACUCAAAUUCAAGGAGGAGACAGCUGCUGCAGCCAUGGCUGCUAGAGAGGCAGCUGAAAAAUCAUUGAGGUUGGCAGACACUAGAGCAUCUAGAUUGAGGGAUAGAGUGGAAGAACUGACUCGCCAGAUUGAGAACUUGGACAACAGAGAUGAUAUCAGUAACAGAACUCGCCCGAGAUAUGUAUGCUGGCCAUGGGAGUGGCUUGGGAUUGACUUUGUUGGUAUGCGACGGCCAAUUGAUAUGCCUGAUCAGCAAAGUUCGAAUGAAAUGGAGCUGUCGGAACCGCUUUUGUGAUUAUUUUAGUCUUGUUUUUGGGUUUCAUGAUUUUGAUCAAUUUAUUCAUCUCAUGUGGGUUUUCUUUGUAUAAAAAAGAUAUUGUAGGCUGUAGCUUCAUAGUAUUGGUAUUCUUCACAGUUCUGUCCAUAGAGCACAUAAAGUUGUAAGACCUUGUUAACUUACCAACACCUAGGAAGUAGGUGAUUUUACUUUGCCUUUGAAGUUUAAACCAAGUCAAAAAAAAAUUCUAUCAUCAACAAUUUUUCUCUUUUUA